AGAGGAAAUGACCUAGCACAGUGCUUGGGGUUUCUGGGGGCUGUAGUCAAGAAGCCUUGUGGUUCAUCGGGACUGCGCCUGACAGCAGAGGCAGAAGAAACUACAACUUCCAGCAUGUCCUGCGGCCUCUUUAUUCGCGUUUUCUCCCCGCCCCGCGAUUAUUCCUUUCUGCCCCCUUCUCUAAGCUGCACUGCCUGAAAAGAGAGGCUGUUCCAGCGGCGGCGGAGGCAGACGCUGUCCUGAGAGGGAGGGCUCUGUGCGUAAGAGGUGAGGGUGUCCCAAGCCCCUUGGGUCGCUUAUCUGGCUGAGUCCAGCCUCUCCGCAUCUUGAUCUUUUCCCGUCUUCUAGGAGGCAUUCCUACAUCCUACGACCACAGGCCUGAUUCUCUUCUUUCAGUCAGGGCGACCCUUAGGCGCUGGAGUACGCUUGGGAAUGGGGCUGCGAAUGAAUCGGACAAAGGGUGAUGAGGAGGAGUAUUGGAACAGCUCCAAGUUCAAGGCUUUCACCUUUGACGAUGAAGAUGAUGAGCUUUCACAGUUAAAGGAGUCCAAGCGGGCGGUGAACAGCCUCCGAGACUUCGUGGAUGAUGAUGAUGAUGAUGACCUGGAGCGAGUCAGCUGGAGUGGGGAACCUGUGGGAAGUAUCUCAUGGUCCAUCAAAGAGACUGCUGGUAAUAGUAGCUCCAGCCAUGAGGGGCGUGAACAGCUAAAGAGCCGAAACAGCUUCUCCUCCUAUGCACAACUACCCAAGCCUACUUCUACCUACUCCCUAAGCAGCUUUUUUAGAGGUAGAACUAGACCUGGAAGUUUCCAGUCCCUUUCUGAUGCUCUGUCAGACACACCUGCCAAAAGCUAUGCUCCAGAGCUGGGGAGACCCAAAGGGGAGUAUAGGGAUUACAGCAAUGACUGGAGCCCAAGUGAUACAGUGCGACGCCUCCGGAAGGGAAAGGUCUGCUCACUAGAGAGAUUCCGCUCCUUACAGGACAAACUACAACUCCUAGAAGAGGCAGUAAGCAUGCAUGACGGAAACGUCAUUACGGCCGUUCUGAUUUUCCUGAAGAGGACACUGAGCAAAGAGAUCCUCUUCCGAGAGCUGGAGGUGCGACAGGUUGCCCUGAGACAUCUUAUUCACUUCCUUAAGGAAAUAGGGGAUCAAAAGCUGCUUUUAGACCUCUUCAGGUUCCUAGAUAGAACAGAAGAGCUGGCGCUAUCUCAUUAUCGAGAGCAUUUGAACAUUCAGGACCCUGACAAACGAAAAGAAUUUCUUAAGACCUGUAUUGGCUUGCCAUUUUCAGCAGAAGAUUCUGCACACAUACAGGACCAUUACACGCUCCUGGAACGCCAGAUCAUUAUUGAGGCAAACGAUCGCCAUCUAGAAUCAGCAGGACAGACUGAGAUCUUCCGAAAGCACCCCCGCAAAGCUUCCAUCCUCAACAUGCCACUAGUGACAACGCUUUUCUACUCCUGCUUCUAUCACUACACGGAGGCUGAGGGGACAUUCAGCAGUCCCGUCAACCUGAAGAAGACAUUUAAGAUCCCAGACAAACAGUAUGUGCUGACAGCCCUGGCUGCUCGUGCCAAGCUUCGAGCCUGGAAUGAUGUAGAUGCCCUAUUCACCACAAAGAACUGGCUGGGCUAUACCAAGAAGAGAGCACCCAUUGGCUUCCAUCGGGUUGUCGAAAUUUUGCACAAGAACAAUGCCCCUGUGCAGAUAUUACAGGAGUAUGUCAAUCUGGUGGAAGAUGUGGACACAAAGUUGAACUUAGCCACUAAGUUCAAGUGCCAUGAUGUCGUCAUUGAUACCUGCCGGGACCUGAAGGAUCGUCAACAGUUGCUAGCAUACAGGAGUAAGGUAGAUAAAGGAUCAGCAGAGGAGGAAAAGAUUGAUGCUCUUCUCAGCAGCUCGCAAAUUCGAUGGAAGAAUUAAGUGGCAUUGACUACCCUGAAACCUGCCUCAUUUCCUCCUUUCCUGCCUGUGAAAGUAGAGAGAGCUCCUCUUUGAGAGAGCUGCAGCAUCACAUCGCUUGGGCCCAUUAUCAACAGGCAGUGCCAGCUACUCUUGACACAGAUAACUUCAGACUGAACUUCUGUCCAAGGAACAUCAUCUGAGGAUUGAGAUCUAAAGCUUUGACUCAUGAGAAUGAUUCUCUCCACCUGGUGCUCAUAUGAAGGUGGGAGUGAUUUCUAGAUUGGGCCCCUACUGGGUAAGAUCUCACUUGGUCUGAGAAAAGUGACUGCUCCAGAAAGGAAGAAGUACAGGUGUCAUAGGGUGACCAUUCCAUUCCACUCAGCUAAUUAUGAUCCAGGACUUGGUGCUGGACAUUGGCAGUUCUGCUCUGAAUGAAGUCAGAACAGAACCAAAAUGGCCUCAGGAAGGAAUGCCAGUGUUUCCCAAGACCUGCUGGAGAUGCACUCACACCAGACUGCACAGACCCCUCCACAUUAUGCCACACAUUGCCUAGACGUUGUGUUUCCUCAGCCAUUUCCCCUCUGCUGCCCAGUUUACUCUGUCCAAAACCCUAAGGUUCUUCUCUCACUUGAACACAGUUGACCUUGCUUGGGUGAUGAGGCAUCCCCUUUAUCUCUUCCUCUACUGCUAGCCCAGACCUUUCACUUUCUAAGAAGCUCAGAUGCAGCAGUGCUGGAGAGCUCUCUCUUUAUGCAAAAAUCUCAUUUCACCAGGAGCUUUCAGAAGUUUCACCUGGGCUAAACUCAGCAGCAUUUCUGUUAGGAUAUUUACAUGGAGGUUUUAUUUUCACACUUGGAUUCUUCCUUUGUACCAAUAUUUGCCUCCUUUUCUGUGACUGAACUGGGUUUUUCUGACAUGCGUAGACUCCUAAUAAAAGUAUUUCUUUCUUGGUGCCUUC